AGGACGUGUGAUGUCAUUUCCGGCUUCCUUUUUCCUGCAGGCGUCCGGGCGUGAGGUGUGAGGGGAUUAAGCUUGUGUGCCGAACUCCUCGGAACCAUGGCGUCCCUUUCUUUGGCUCCGGUUAACAUCUUCAAGGCUGGAGCUGAUGAAGAGAGAGCAGAGACAGCUCGCCUGUCAUCUUUUAUUGGUGCCAUUGCCAUUGGAGACUUGGUAAAGAGCACAUUGGGACCCAAGGGCAUGGACAAGAUUCUUCUAAGCAGUGGACGAGAUGCCUCUCUUAUGGUAACCAAUGAUGGUGCCACUAUUCUAAAAAACAUUGGUGUUGACAAUCCAGCAGCUAAAGUUUUAGUUGAUAUGUCCAGGGUUCAAGAUGAUGAAGUUGGUGAUGGCACUACCUCUGUUACUGUUUUGGCAGCAGAAUUACUAAGGGAAGCAGAAUCUUUAAUUGCGAAAAAGAUUCAUCCACAGACCAUCAUUGCGGGUUGGAGAGAAGCCACAAAGGCUGCAAGAGAGGCUCUUUUGAGUUCUGCAGUUGAUCAUGGUUCUGAUGAAGUUAAAUUCCGUCAAGAUUUAAUGAAUAUUGCGGCAACAACAUUAUCAUCAAAACUUCUUACUCAUCACAAAGAUCACUUUACUAAGUUAGCUGUAGAAGCUGUUCUCAGACUGAAAGGCUCUGGUAAUCUCGAGGCAAUUCAUAUUAUCAAGAAGCUAGGAGGAAGUCUAGCAGAUUCCUAUUUGGAUGAAGGCUUUCUGUUGGAUAAAAAAAUUGGGGUAAAUCAACCAAAGCGAAUUGAAAAUGCUAAAAUUCUUAUUGCAAAUACUGGAAUGGAUACAGACAAAAUAAAGAUAUUUGGUUCUCGAGUAAGAGUUGAUUCUACAGCAAAGGUUGCAGAAAUAGAACACGCGGAAAAGGAAAAAAUGAAGGAGAAAGUUGAACGUAUUCUUAAGCAUGGAAUAAAUUGCUUUAUUAACAGGCAGUUAAUUUAUAAUUAUCCUGAACAGCUCUUUGGUGCUGCUGGUGUCAUGGCUAUUGAGCAUGCAGAUUUUGCAGGUGUGGAACGUCUAGCUCUUGUCACAGGUGGUGAAAUUGCCUCUACCUUUGAUCACCCAGAACUGGUGAAGCUUGGAAGUUGCAAACUUAUUGAGGAAGUUAUGAUUGGAGAAGAUAAACUUAUUCACUUUUCUGGGGUUGCUCUUGGUGAGGCUUGUACUAUUGUUUUGCGUGGUGCCACUCAACAAAUUUUAGAUGAAGCAGAAAGAUCUUUGCAUGAUGCCCUUUGUGUUCUUGCCCAAACUGUGAAGGAUUCUAGGACAGUUUAUGGAGGAGGCUGUUCUGAGAUGUUGAUGGCUCAUGCUGUGACAAAGCUUGCCAAUAGAACACCAGGCAAAGAAGCUGUUGCAAUGGAGUCAUAUGCUAAAGCACUGAGAAUGUUGCCAACUAUCAUAGCUGACAACGCAGGCUAUGACAGUGCAGAUCUGGUGGCACAGCUCCGGGCUGCUCACAGCGAAGGCAGUACAACUGCUGGACUGGAUAUGAGGGAUGGUACCAUUGGAGAUAUGGCUACAUUGGGUAUAACAGAAAGUUUUCAAGUGAAACGACAAGUUCUUUUGAGUGCAGCUGAAGCAGCAGAGGUGAUUCUACGUGUAGACAACAUCAUCAAAGCAGCACCAAGGAAACGUGUCCCUGAUCACCACCCCUGUUAAACAUUCCCGUAUGCUGUUGAUCUCUGGACCAGUUCAUAGCAAAGUUACAUUUGAAAGAUGUCAAACUCUUAAAGAAGACUGUGGAAUCUGUGUUUAUCUGUGCCCAUUAUAUCCUAAGUUUGACUUUUAAGUGACCUCUUAUUUUAACAUGGGUCUAAUUUAUUUGCCGUGUCAUUUUUCCAUAAAAUUCAGUUGACUUAAAAGUUCAUUAAAAUAAAAAUUUGAAUAGUUA